UGGUUGGUGUCGUGUCUCUUUCUUUUUCUCUGAUCAAGGCGGGAUUCCGUGUUGCCGAAUGUUUUGAGUACUCAUUGUAUAUGGCAGACUCUGAAAAGACCGGUAAAACUCGAGCAACUAUAGCCAAAAGCCUAAUUGAAAAGUAUUACAAGUCUUUAUGUAACGACUUGUCGGAGAGAAGCAAGAGAAAGAACGAGAUUGAGAGCAAACUCGCAGCCAUGAAACUGAGCGAAGGUGAAAAGAAAAAGUAUAGACAAGAACUUUUGAAUAGAGAACUGAGGUUUAUGAGAGAUGCACACAGAAGGAUGACAGAGGACCAGUUUGAAACAGUCGAAGUUGUUGGAAGAGGUGCCUUUGGUGAAGUUCGACUUGUUCGGAAACGAGAGACCAAGGAAUAUUUCGCCAUGAAAAAGUUGCGCAAAUCGGAAAUGCUGAGAAAGGAACAGGCUUCACAUGUCAAAGCAGAAAGAGACAUUCUAGUCGAGGCUGAUCAUUCUUUCAUCUGUAAACUCUAUUAUUCCUUUCAAGAUGAAAAGUACCUCUAUUUGGUUAUGGAGUAUCUUCCUGGUGGUGAUCUUAUGAGUCUACUCAUGCGAAGAGAUAUUCUCACAGAAGAAGAGACUCGUUUUUAUGCAGCUGAAAUGAUUGUGGCAAUAGAUUCCAUCCACCGUCUAGGUUACAUACACCGAGAUAUCAAACCAGAUAAUUUAUUAUUUGACGCAAGGGGACAUUUGAAAGUUUCUGAUUUUGGGCUUUGCAAAGCUUUUCGAGUAGAGGAAAGUGGAAAAGAUAUACUUGAUACGGGAGAAGUUGUACAAGGUAGUCUAGGUAAUAUGUCCACAUCAGAGAAAACGGCAGCUUGGAAACAAGCCGCUAGGGCAAAAGUAUUUUCAACUGUAGGUACUCCAGACUAUAUUGCACCAGAAGUUCUUCUUCGACGAGGUUAUGGUGAAGAAUGUGACUGGUGGAGUGUAGGAGUAAUCUUGUAUGAGAUGCUCAUUGGCUAUCCUCCGUUUUAUGCCGAUGAUGCAGUUAGCACUUGUCGAAAGAUUUUGAACUGGAGGGAACAUUUGCAGUUUCCGUCGGAUGCAAAAAUCUCAAAGGAAGCUCGCAUGCUCAUCGAAUCAUUAUUGACCGAUGCCAAAGACCGCUGUGGAGCAAAGAAUGGUUUGGAAGACUUUAAGAAGCAGCCCUUUUUCCAAGGUGUGGAUUGGAAUAACUUGCAAAAACUUCCAGCACCAUUUGUUCCUGAUUUAUCGAGUCCAACAGAUGUCAAGUAUUUUGACAAGUUUGAAUUGGCAGAAGAUGGUACUAUUCGAGAGAGACCACCAAACUUGAGUGCAUUGAGAAAAGUUGAUGAGUUGAAUGAACAGGAUGUUCCCUUUGUAGGCUACACUUAUAAGCGAUAUGAUGUGAAUACUAUAUCAAGUGGGGUCAGUUUGCGGAGUCUUUUUCAAUCAAGUGAACAAGAUUAGAGCUUGAUAACAAGGUCUUCUUUUUGAUUCCAGUGCUUUCAUUUUAUUGGUCAAACUUGAAAAUAUUUAUAAAGUGUUCAGUUUUGAAAAAUGAAUGUAAAGAUAUUUUUCUUCGCUAUUGUCUUUUAAAC